AUGGGUCUGGGUGGCAAGAAGGCCAAAGCCAAGGAGAAGAAUGGCAAGGCCGGAGCAAAGCUGAAGAUUAAGAAGGCGAAGAGUCCCGAAGUUGUUGAAGUUGCUGAGCCUACCGAAACCAUUGAGACAACUGAAGACCAGACGACAAUCGAAUCUCCUGCGCCUGCUAGUCCGGAGCUUGUGUUACAAGAACCAGAACCCAGCCAACCAUCUGAACCAGCAGUUGAAUCGGUUCUUGAACCAGAACUUGAACCAGCACUUGAGCCAGUACUUGAACCAACAGUUGAACCUGUCCUGGAACAACCCAUUUCAAUUGAAAGUUUCCUAGAGAAGGAGACUCCUUCGGCACCUUCAUCGCCAUCACCUUCAACUUCAGUGCCUCUAGCAACAGUUGACCAUGAGGAAGAACAUGAAGAAAGACCAUCUGAACCCUUGAAUGAGCAUCCGGUUGAGAAAGACGACCACUUCCGCGAUCAUCGUGACAAGCAUCACACUGAUUACCGAAACGAUCAUCGCGUUAAACGCCGUGGGGGCCACCGUGCCAAAAAGGUUGAGGAAUAUCUUGGCCACUAUAACGACGGCCAAACUUCUCUGCCAACAACUCGCAGAGGCACACCCGAACCUCACCACGAGGCUGACCCAAGGCAUACGACUUAUGAAGAGGCCUAUCCUCAGUAUCCAGCCUAUCCAGCCUAUCCAGCCUACCCAACCUAUCCGACAGAGUAUCCAGACAGGCAUCUCGUUGCAUCCCCUUCUGUUCCCUUCUCACCUACACCGGCCCAAGUGCCUCUUCCAUCCCCAUCAUUAACCGAAGCACGGUUUAUGUCAAGUGCUUCUCCCGAAGCCCACUACUAUCCCUAUCAUCCACCACCUCCCCUCCCAUACUCACCGUACGCGGUGCCUGUAUACUCUACACCUUACUACCACUCACCCAUUCCAAAAGUCAGUAGUCCACUGGCUCGAUCUCAUUAUUCUUACGUGUCGCCCGACAUGUCACCUACCGCCACUCCACCUCCACCUGCAGCUCCUGCAGCCCCAGCUGCUCCAGUUGCUCCAGUUGCCUCAACACCUUCAAUGCCCCCUCCUCCUUCAGUAGCAGGGAGCUAUUCGACGGCCCUCCACUCUCCCGUCAUGAGUUCAGCCGGUAUGAUCCCACCUUAUGGCCCGUAUACUCCUCAGCCAUUAGACGGCCAUUAUAUGCAUCGGAGCUAUAGUGUCUCUGACCAGCCUUACGCUGCAUCAUUCCAAGCCAUUCAAAACCUCGGUCUGAACAAUGGUCAAGUGCAUGAGAAUGGCACCAUCUCCCCACCAGAGAAUGACCAGGAACACAUUGAGCUUCUCCAUCGCAUUCAAUCCGCCAUCCCCGACAUCAACCGUCUUCUCCAUGGGUUCCGCCACACUCAUACUAGACUCAACAGCCGCGAGGCCGAGAUGAAGCAGAUCGGCAACCAGCAUGAGCAAGCCCUCAUGCACAAGGACUUCUACAUUGAAGCUCUACAGUCUCAAAUGAAGAAGACCGCUAACGAGAGUGCGGAGGAAUGCGCCAAGCUCAAGAACACCAUCAACGAGCUGCGUCUGGAACUGGGUGACCUGCAGGAGAAGCAGAAAGACCUUGAAGACGGCCUGGCUGGUCAUCAAAAGUCCAAUGAGGAGCUCUCACAAAGCAAGUCUGAGCUCGAGGCGGAGAUUGAGAAGUUGAACGCGAGCAUCAAGGAGGCUCAGGAGACACAUCAGAAGGAGAUUGAGACACAGAAGGAUGACCACGCAAAGGCUUUGACCACUCAGAAGCAGGAGUUGACUGAACUCUUUGAAGAGAUCAAGAAUGAGGAUGAGAAGGCUGCUGCCGAGACGCUGGAAGCGCGGGAGAAGGACCUGCGGGAUCAGCACGAGUCGACUAAGGAGGAGUGGGCGAAGGAGAGGAAACUGAUGGAGGAUUCACUGGAGAACCAGCGCGGUGAACUCGAGGCUACCAAGUCAGAACUUGCCUCCAAGAUUGCCACUCUAGAGACCAAGGAGACCGAGUUGGAGACACAGUUGGCCGAGCUCAACAUCACCCGCGAAGAGGUCGCCUCCAAGGUUGCCGAAUUGGAAGCGAAGGAAAAGGAACUGGAGGAAACCCGCCAGAAGAGUGCUCAAGAACUGGAGGCACUUCAGCAGGGUCAUGCCGGUGAACAAGAUACCCUUCGAUCUGGUCACGCCGGCGAACUAGACACUCUCCGCCAAACUCACGACUUGGAACUCGCCGCCGCCGCCAAGGAUCUUAACGAGAAGAUUUCUGCCGUCGAAGCCCACUUCCUUGAGCAGGAGAAGCACUGGGAGGCAGAACGAGCAGUGCUGCAGAAGCUGGUAGCCGAAAAGGGCGAGGAGUUGAACAGCGCUGAGCGGGAGAAGGAUAAGCUGGAAGGUGAUGGAUUGAUCAAGGAGCAGCAACUCCAACGCGCGGUGGAGGAGAUGAGAUCGACCAUCGACCAUUUGGAUCAAGACUGUGAUCGGCUUCGCAGGACGCUGAUGAGUCUCGGUGAGGCGACCGACUUGAAGACGACCAAAGGUGAUCAAUUCUUUGUGGACUGCUUCACCCAACUCUCCUCUCUAAUCGCGACCCUCUCCCACGAACACUUCGCCUACCUCCCCAUCGACCCACCAAAAGACAUUCUCUCCAAAAUCCCCUCCGAACUCCCCUCCUUCCUCGACAACACCCCUCCAUCCCGCGCCCUCCGCGCCGCUUACGUCCAACACGUCGUCUCCAAAACACUAACCUAUCGCGUCUUCCAACCCUUCCUCUUCACCCUCGGCCGCCGCUACGACAAAGCAGAUACCUUCUUCCAAAUGCUUUCCAUGGAUAUCCGCCGUAAAUCCGUCCGCCGUGAAGCUUUCUGGCGUCAGCAAACUCUCAAAGCAGCAUAUACUACGUCCGACGCUAAACAAUCCAUCAACGUCGCUGCCGCUGUGAUUGUCGAUGAGAUCAUCGAUCAUAUCCGCCAUUUCGCUGAUCCACGUCAACUCGACUCCCUACUCACCGCCGUCCGGAAAAUCGUCAAACUCGCCGCCGAGACAUGGCGCCAUGCCCGCGUUGAGCGUGAACUGGUGCUAGCUUCCUUCCCAGCCCCGGACGCAGAAGCCAUCGAUAACGAGGGCUGGAACGAGUACGCUGCCGCUCCCAAGGGGGAAGAUACAGGUCCCAAGCCAGAACCCAGUCGACACGUCGUACUCCGUACAUUCCCACGUGUGGUCCGCGAAGCAGCGCACGAGGAUUUCGCAGUUGGCCCGGACCGCGCGACAUCUUGCGUGUAUUCAUGCGGUCAAGUGUUGUACUCGGAUUCACCCGUGAUCAUGGCUAGGUUGCAGGAGUUGGUGAAGAAGGCACCUGAGCCGGUACCUGAGCCAGAGCCGGAGCCGGAGCCGGAGCCGGUGGUUGUGGUUGAGGAGAAGAAGAUUGAGGAGGUUCCACUUCCUCCGCCUUCGCCGCCGAAGACACCCAAGCAGGAGGUGGAGGAGGAGGUGAAAGUUGAACCGGUGGUUAUGUCUGAGCCAGUCGUGGCGGUGCGGAGCUCGACUCCAGUUUCUAUGAAGAGUCCGCCAUUGAGGAGCGCGACGCCUGUGCGAAGUCCCACACCGGUCAGGAGUCCAACGCCGGUGAAGCUCACGGCGUCUUCGCUACCUGCGAGUCCGAAGGGGAAGGGAGCCUCCGUUAAGGCGUGA